ACUUUGUCAGUUUUUCUCAAUCUUCUUAUAAUUUAUACAAUCUUUACACUGAUAUAAAUAACUUUUACCAUUUUCAUUUACAUACUUAUACACUUUGUGAACAAUCAAUUUUUGUUUAGUUUUCUUUUAGAAAAUGGCUUUAAAACGAAUUAAAUUAAAAAUGAUUGAUUUCGAACGAUUAGCUGCUUUGUGUCCCCCCCACCAAAUCGCUCAAUUUAACAAAUUUAAAGCAAAAACAGAAGACUACAUAAACUCAGUAUUGCAACUUCCUGAAGAGAAACCUCCCAUCGAAUGGGACAACUACGAAACGCAAGUGAAAAUUCCUGGUAUGGUGGCAGAUUUUAAAAAGCAAUACGAACAACUUGAUAUUCCGUAUCCAGAUGACACUUUUUCACAUUUGGUCGACCAACAAGAAGAACGAGUCAAAGCGGAAAUAGUAGAACUGAAGAAAGCUUCUAAUGAAAAUAUAGAAACGAUUAAGAAACGUCUAGAGGUUCUAAAUGCGAUGCCACCGGUUGAAGAAAUGACCUUAGAAGAAUUUAGGGAUUACUAUCCGGAUGUGGCACUUGAUCCCAUUAACAAACCUACGUUUUGGCCUCACGAACCCGAAGAUCAACCAGGUUACGUUGAACCGGACGCGAAAAAAGAAGACGCACAUUAAAUGUAAACGUUACAAAUCUAUCCUAUAUAUGAAACGUAAAUUGUUGUCAAACAUAACAAACAAUUAAAUACAUGAAGAAAAUUGAA